UUGGCUGUCCAAGUAUUACCUCGAUAAUAUAACAUCUCGAGCGUUCGCGGAUAAUCGAGACGCGACAUCACGUUGUCCCUACCGAGUGGCGAGGCCUUUCGUCGCGGUGAAAUACGAGGUGCGCGGAGCAACGUGUUGCUCAUCGUCACUUGCACAAGUUCCAGACGCACACGAUUCCUAACAAAACGACCGUCAACUGGCAAGACAGGAUGUUGUGAAAAAUAUUAGAUAAACUUAGACUAGAGAGCAAGAGAAAAGAAGAUGCGCCAGUGAUAUCGGACAGCGCGAAGUCGAGAGAAAUGUUCUUGCAACAGUGGAUGCACAUACGACACAGCAUCGAUAUACCGUGGAAGACCUUCGUCAGGGAAUCACCUAGCCUACCGGACAAGUCACCGGAGAGAUGCAUCCGUCAGUUGGCAUUCCAAGGGAACGAAGCGAGGGCCGCCUACGAAAAAAUCGUUCACCAGACCGGUGGUAGCAGCGCUCCACCGACGAGACCGAGGCAGGGCAGCUCCGGCGCGAAUGCCGCCUCUGUCGUGCAAUCGAGGAAGACUACGCUCUCGGACGACAUUCUAGCCAAAGUCACGACCAACACGUUGUUAAAAGCAGUGGAGCAGAAGGACUUGAAAUUCUUGCAGAAACACAUGACGGCGGAGAACGUGAAUGUGUCGGAUGACUUCGGUUGGACUCCGUUAAUGUCCGCCGCUUAUUGCGGUCACUUGGAAAUUGUGCAAUUCUUGUUGAAUCUCGGGGCUAACAAGCGAACCAGAGAUAAGUCUGGCCUGACCGCCGCCCAAUUAGCUUUAAAGAAGAAUUACUUGAGCAUAGUCGCCUUGUUGAGAAAGAAGUCUGACUCGAUAAGCAGCAUUAGUCAGUUAGCUGCGAGUAUUCCGAAUAUAAAUAACAUAAACGCUUUAUCAAUGAGAUCGAUGCCUACAGAAUCGUCAAUGGAGCACAAUAAAGACGAGCUUGUAGAAGAGAAGACAGGACUUAAGCAAAGUGCAGCGUUUUACUGUGAGAUCUGUAAGGCAACUUUUCAAGAAACAACGCCACAAAAGCAUGAAAGUUCCACUCUGCACGUCUUUAACACGAAGCCGAAGUUGAAACAUGCAAUGUAUGGAAUAUCGAGACAAAGUAAAGGAUACAGAAUGCUUUUGAAUACAGGAUGGGAUGAGGAAACUGGUCUCGGUCCUUCCGGAAAAGGAAUAAAAUAUCCAAUCAAGACGUGUUUCAAAGUGGAUCGCAAAGGGUUGGGACAAUUGACGGAGAGCGAAUAUAAGAUUACUCAUUUUAAAUCGAGCGAUACAGCUGCUAUUAACAACUCUAAAGUACCUAAGCAGAAACCCCUGAAAAAAAGGGACAGGGAAAGAUUGCUUCACAGAGAGGCCAGGAAAGAAAGAGCUCUGCGUAUAGCGUUAUCUUAAAAUAAAUAUA